UCGCCAUAACAAACAAACAUCACAAACAUUUCAGAGGAGACGAUUUACUGAGGCCUUGUUGCCAAGGUCACCACUUGGUGCCCACAUGGCGCUGCCAUUACUCUUUGCCAAGGCGAUUGACCACAAACAGGUUGUGGUAGCUUUUACAUGUUAAUUGAGGGAAACCUUGUACAACCACACGAGUCCUGAAUGAGGUCAGGAAGGUUGCAAAUAAUUUCCUUUUUAUGUGAUAGAUAUUUUUACAAGAUAGAUCUCAUUGAGAAAUAAAUUCUUAUCUUUUAGUCAGGUCUGUUCUGACAUGAUGUAUACAGGUAUAAAAGCUCCACACAUAACAACAAUACAAGGGCAUAUUAAAAUAGUGUCACAUGGUUUAAGGUAAUAAAUAACAAUGAUGGAAAAACUUUGGUAUGAUGUCUUCAUUCAAAAAGCAUGCGGAAAUGUUAUGUAAGCAAGUGACUGGUUAAAAGGAGGUGGAUUAGUGCUGACUGAAGUCAAGACUCAAGCUAUCAUCAAGAUAUCAACAUUAUUGUCGACUUGUAAAGAUGGCUCAAGCAGAGGAGCCACAUCUUCGGAUUGUGCUUGUUGGAAAAACUGGAGUUGGGAAGAGUGCAACAGGAAAUACUAUCAUAAGAAAAAAAGUGUUUAAGUCUAAGCUGUCGUCUUCUUCACUGACAGCACAGUGUCAGAAGGAAACAGGACAGUUUGGUGGUCAAACGCUGGCUGUAGUUGAUACUCCAGGUCUGUUUGAUACCAGUAAAACUGAACAGGAGGUGAGAGCAGAGAUUGCUAGAUGCAUGUCAUAUUCUUCACCUGGUCCUCACGUAUUCAUGGUUGUAAUCCAGCCGGGUAGAUUCACAAAUGAAGAACAAGAAACUGUAAAAAUCAUUCAGCAGAUGUUUGGAGAACAAGCAUCACGCUAUACAAUGGCCUUAUUCACCCAUGGAGAUGAUCUAAAAGAGGAAGGAUGUCAAAUUGAAGAAUUAAUUGAGGAAAAUCCAUCUCUUAAGACCUUUGUCAAUCAGUGUCUUGGAGGAUACCACGUCCUUGACAACAGGAAUGAAAAUGAAAAGCAACUAAUGGAGCUCGUGUCAAAAUUAAACACACUGGUUCAGAAAAAUGAGGGACGCUUUUUCACCAACGAAAUGUUUGAAGAAGCAGAGAGAGCAAUAGAAGAAGAAUCUCACCAGCUUCUAACAGAAAAUCCAGGUAUGGGAAUGAAGGAAGCAAGAAGACGAGCCGAGGAAGACAACAAAUUUACCCGGGCUGUUCGCCAGGGAGCUGCUGUUGGAGCGGUAGCUGGGUUCCUGGGAGGGCCGCUGGGAGCAGCAGUGGGAGCAGCACUGGGAGCUUUAUUUGGAGCUAUAAGUGGGGCUGUAAAGCAAAAUGAAUGCAGUAUACAAUGAUGGCUAAUUUACUGGAAAAAAGUGAUUGACUUAUAAGAUUGAAAACAAGGGAAACUGUUACAGUAACAUGGUGAAAUGUUGUCUACCUGUUCUCCUUUUCUGCUAAUAUAUGACCUCAAUCCAUAUUUUCUGUUCUGGGUGGUAAUAUUUUGUAUCGCUGAUAUUAUCAAAAUCAUGAGUUAUUUAAAAAAAAAUGUAACAUUAUGUAAGUCGUUUGUUUUGCUUUCAGGAAAAAAACAUUUAAGUUGUUUUAGAUUCCUGCAAAACAGUGUCCGACUCUUGCUCUGCUGGAAAAGGAAAUGUCAUUUUGAUUUAGUUUCAUGUAAAGUAUUUAGCAUCACUUCUUUUGUUUUAAAAUUUUUAAAAUUCAGAAAGCUAAAUGACAAGCCAACUCUUUAACAAAUAUGUAUGUGUAUUCUACACUUCAACAUGAUACAAUGAACAAAUAUACAAAAACACAUGUAUUAAUGAUUUUUAUUCUAUGUACAAGUUUCAACAUGAAAACUCAACUGAAUAACUGUGUGAAUGAUGCAUCAAUGUUAAAGAAGAGGUCGCUGUCCCUAUUCCUCAGGAUUAUAUUCUGCGUGUUUUAGAUGUGGUCAUGCUUCCCAGGAAA